CAAAAGGUUACUUGAAUUGUAGCGUAUGUUAUUAGUAGUAGAAGUGAGCAUCUCGCUAAUCGACUAACAUAAAAUAUUUCCCUAAUCAUUUUAUUUCAACUAAUUACGCAGACAAUUCGUACGAAAUAAAAUUCAAUACAGGGGCAGGUAGAGCAUGAAAAAUAUGGAAAGUGGCAAGUGAGUUUUCAGUAGUGCUCUGUGCUGAAGGCACUCAAAUGGCGCGGUAUCAGGGCAGGGAGUCGGCUGUGCAGUGUCCUGUAUGUUCGCAAAAAAUGGAGAGUUUUGAGAUCAAUUCCCACUUGGACCACUGUCUCGGUCUCGGGACGAAGACGGCGACAGGUAGCUCUAGUGAGGAGAAUGUGGGAUGCGGCGGCCAAGGGGAACCCGGCUGCAAGAAAGCAUGUUUGUGGCCGGCGCAAGGCAACGGAAUGUCGCCCGGUGGCAGGCGAGAGGCCGCUACUAAGUCCCCGGCGCUGGGCAACUGGAAGCUGGCCGGGGACCAGCCGCCGGUCUUUGCGCUCUUUCAAAAAGUGCAAAGGCCACCAAUUUCAACAGCCAGGACGGAUGUGCCGGAGAACCCAGGACCAGAGAGCAUUGCUGUCCUUUCUGCCGCACCUUCACAGCCUGUCUCGGACGCGAGUCAGGAAGAUCAGAGGAAAUUGGUGUCGUUAAAGGAACUUGAAUCAAUGCCACUGGCGGAAAUCAUGAGACCCUGUGUUUUAGCAGAGAUUACUGGCCAAAGUAAAGUUUUGGGAGAAAACACGCUUCUGAGGACUCUGCUGGAAUCCCAUGAAAUCCCAUCCAUAAUUUUGUGGGGUCCUCCAGGAUGUGGGAAAACUUCAUUAGCCCAUGUUUUAGCGAACAACAGCAGAAAACAGAGCAAUACAAGAUUUGUCAGUCUUUCCGCUGCAAGUGCAACCGUAAAUAAUGUUCGGGAGGUGAUAAAGCAAGCUCAGAAUGAUCAAAAGCUACUCAAAAGAAAAACAAUUAUAUUCUUUGAUGAAAUUCAUCGCUUCAAUAAAACACAACAGGAUACUUUUCUGCCUCAUGUCGAGUGUGGGACAAUCACACUGAUUGGUGCAACAACAGAAAACCCUUCCUUUCAGAUCAAUGCAGCCUUGCUGAGUCGUUGCCGUGUCAUCGUUCUUGAGAAGCUGUCAGUAGAGGCUAUGGAAACUAUUCUGUUACGUGCUUUAAACUCCCUUGGGAUCAGUAUACUAGGACAGGAUAAAGAAGCUGGCUCGAUGGAUGGCAGCAAGGAGUCUGAAGUUCAGAUCUUUAUUGAGCCAGAAGCAGUACAGAGUGUUGCGUAUUUUUCUGAUGGUGAUGCGAGGGCAGCUUUAAAUGGACUUCACCUUGCAAUUCAGGCAAAGAUUGCAGAAGCAAAAAAACAACUGAACAAUAAUAGGCAACAAAAUGCUCCAAAAAAGAUUAUUAUUAAAGAAACACAAAUAAAGGAAGGACUUCAGAGGUCACAUUUACUGUACGAUCGAGCAGGUGAGGAACAUUAUAAUUGUAUAUCAGCGUUACACAAAACCAUGCGGGCCUCAGAUGAGAAGUCUGCCCUCUACUGGCUGGCCAGGAUGCUGGAAGGUGGUGAGGAUCCCCUCUAUGUUGCGAGGCGACUAAUACGAUUUGCCAGUGAAGAUAUAGGACUUGCGGAUCCUUUGGCUCUGACCCAGGCAGUAUCUGCUUACCAAGGGUGUCAUUUUAUAGGGAUGCCUGAAUGUGAGGUUAUUUUGGCACAAUGUGUAGCAUACCUAGCUAGAGCACCAAAGUCUGUUGAGAUUUACAGGGCAUAUGAAGCUAUUAAGGAAUCUGUGAGGAAUCACAAGGGGCCCUUGCCUUCUGUUCCACUGCAUCUACGGAAUGCCCCUACAAAACUUAUGAAGGAUCUUGGCUAUGGGAAGGGUUAUAAAUACCCUCCAGACAAUAAAAUGGAGGAUGGACCCUGUACAACCAAAGAGUAGGUGCUUUGUCAUCGUACUUUCAUUUUACCAGAUCUAUUAAAGACAGUUGCAUUUGUUUUUGUCUACCUAAUGUUAAUGAAAUAAGGUACUGACCAACAAGAAAAAAAGGAAUAUAUCCAAUGAACCAUGUUUCAUGAGUUGUCAAUACCUACUGUCAAUUUCAUGCAUACAGCAAGAUCUUUAUUGUAAUACUUAAGAGACAAGGCAGUCUGUGUAGGUCUGAAAGUCAACAUGGAUUCUCCAGUCUGUUAUAUGCCACUUUUCUGAAUGUCCUUUUAGGUAUUAGAAUUCCUUCCCAAUUUGUUGUUCUCUCAGGGAAUGAUGAACAUUUUAAUGGAUUCAUGAAGGCAGAUAUAUAACUAAAUUUAUAGUUAAUUAAAUUGCACUACACUACCACAAGUUUUAUCUAAAGUUUUGGCAGCGAUUUAAAAAGAAAAAAGAAGCCCUUCAGAAUAGGAAUGGUUUUGUACCAUACAGUUAUUACAAGCGAUGUUCCUGAAGUGAACAGGACCCCAUAAUAAGAAAAAGUAAGUUAAAUACAGGGAGGAAAAUAGCUCACUAAAUUAGUCUGUAUUAAUAAUUCAUUUGCCAAUGAAUUGAAUUCAGACUGCAUUUCUGUGUUACUGAAAUGUUGCACAGGUGCUCAUAGAAGAUAUUUAACCACUAAUUUUGUGAUCUUUCUGAUUAAGAGAGUCCAGACUGGUUAAUGUUUGAAGUGGAAUUUAUUUUUAGUUUAGCAUGGGUUGCCAUUGACCUGUAUGCUGAAUGUUCAUAUCUAGCCAUCCUUGGUGCUUCAUUCUUAAAACCAAAAUCGCUUUACUUUCCCAGGAACUUGAUUUUAAAAAAAUACUAGAUCAUGCUGGUUGAGAUGAGUUAAACUAUUCCCAACUUCUCGGCUAUAUUAUUACAGUUAAUUGGCUGAGAAUACAAUGUGAGAAAAAAUAUUAUUACUGUUCUGUUCAAAAUUGAAUAUUCUAUUCUUCAGCGUAAAAAAGAACAAAAUUUAUUUGCCAUCUUUCUGUUUGUAAAAUUUAAAACUUUAUGAAUGGUAUAUUUUCUGUAUUGUCCAGUGUAUUUUUGGUAAUGUCAUAUAUAUUUUGGUAAAAUACAAAAGUUAUUGAUGGAAUAUUUCUUGAAAUUGUUACAUAUUAUUGUCAAGUUUUGUUUGUGCUUCAUUACUAGCUCAUUUAAUACAAAUUAAAUGUGAUAUGCCAACCAUCGUAUCAACAGUAUUAACUUAAAAGAAGACUAUUUAUGUUCUGUGUAAAACUGAUAAGAGGACGUGAGUUGCUGAAGUCCAUUAUAACCUUCCCACUACCCCUCAUGAAAAGGCUUUGUAGGUAAGCUGUGAAGCGACUAACAUUAUCCUGCAACUACAGCAUUUCUGAACACGUCCACUCAGAUGGCAAGGUAUGGCAAUUUCUACUUGCCCAAGAUAAAGAAUUCACAAGGAGCAUCCUGCCUCAGGUUAGAUUAGCCACAGGGAAGACUUUGCCAAUGGUUUCAAUGAAGCGAUAUUGCUGAGAGGAAGUCUGGUGAGUAUGAACUGAGUUUAAAAGUCUGAGACGUUUGGAAACGUCCAGAAUGUGUAGCCCAUGUGACAGUUCCAGCUAAACCAAGAUUGUGGGUAAACUGGCUGUAAAUUUCUAUACUGUGUGCAGCGCAGGUUCUGCGUGGCGCUGUGUAAUUCCAUUGUGGCACCAAGGAUCCAUUUGUUGUUCUAGGCUUCUUCAGGAGGAUUCAGUCAGGUCCAAACCUCAUAACCUGGCUAACUAGAUUAUACCAGGUAAAUCUGUUGCUUAUUUGGAAGUCAGCAGUGAGCAUGAGCAGUUCACAGUUGACUGAACUCCAAUCAACGGUACUGGAGACAAAUACACUACUGAGUUGGUAGUAAUUGCUAUUUUGAAGCAUAACACAGUAGUAGAAGAAAUUACUGCAACAGCAGCAUUUCAUUGCUCAUGAUAAUUUAAAAUAUUUUGUCAUUUCAGAUUUGUAAUAUUUUAACAUAAAUUCCAAAGAAUUGUUAAAAUGCACUGUUGAUUUUGAAUGAUUUAUUCCUGCUGUGUUGUGGACCAACGCACCUUUAUAAACAGUUUGUGAUUAUGAUCGUUGCAAGCUUACCUAUCAAAAAGCAAUGAUUUUGUUGGAAUGUGCUUCUAUACACAUUUAGCAGCCUCAAUUCUUAAAAUGCCAGCUGUUAUUCACGUGUGACCUUUGACAGUCAACAUUGGUAGGUUGUCCAACCUUAGAUUUUGGGGAGGGUGCUUAAAGAUUCCAGUACUGUACUCAUAUUACUUCCAAAGCUGCAAAUAACAACAUGCGUCAUUGAAUAGUGAUUAGUGGAAACUUUAGCUAAGUUUAUUUCCUUCUCCUUGCUCCAGAGGUGAACCCAAACGUAGUUCCUCCACUGUUACCAAGACAGAGAGCUUACUCAGCACAGACAUGGAACUUUAUGUUCUGUCUGGCUCUGCCGUGCUUCAGAUAAAUUUACUGAACCGUCAGAGGAGUUGACAGAACAUUUGACUUGGUUAUUUACUGUGGGUGCUGAUACUGAAAUUGUAAUGAAAUAGAAUCCACAAACUCUGGUUUGAGUACUCUGCUGUAUUUUUCCAGAUCAUGGAUUAGUGAAAAGCAGGCUCUUGAAGGAGCAUUAUUUUGAGGUGUUGAACUUUUAGAUGAGCUGCUGAUGCCAGAUUAACUGCAUGACAGCCUACUUACUCACCCUGUUGUACUAAUGUCAAAGACUAAAUUACUGUUCUUACACUCUACUGAAUUUGAUAUCUGCUGGGGCACCACCUAUUCAAUUUUCAGGUCAAAGUGGGAAAGUUAACUGGUGCUUCCUCACUAGGAGGAAGAGUAAAUAAAGAACAUCUUUCCACUUUAAUUUAGGGCAGCAGUGAGCAAAGCAAUAUUAAGAAUAUAGAGGAAGCUUUAUAACGAGAUAGCUAACUUUUCUAAACUUUAGCUGUGUUCGACAAGAAAUGUGAGUAAUGCCAGAAGGAUGUCGUUCAAAGACCAUAGAAAGUUACUGCACGGAAAGAAGCCAUUGGACUCUUUGUAAAAAUACAGGUGCACGUUCCUUUAUCCGAAAUUCUGAAAUCCGAAAAGCUCUGAAAACGAAGUUAUUUUCGCCGACAGCUGACGUCACUCAGGUGUGACGUGGCAGCACUAGCAGAGGCCACCAGACGUCAGCGGUGGCUCAGCGCUCAUACUGGUUACACCUGCAUUUGCUGUUCGCUGAUAUUUUGUGUUCACUGUUGACUUUGUGUUUAAUUUCACAGUGAAAAUGUCAAAAAGAGCUGCAGAUACCCCAAUGGGUAACAAUGAGAAAAAGAGAAGGAAUCUUCUCUGUCAAUAAUGCAGAAAGUGGAGUUAUUGCAGAAGCUUGAUCGUGGUGUGUCUGUGCGGUGUCUUAUUGAAGAAAGUAGUGUCGGAACUACCACUGUAUAUGAUUUAAAUAAACAGAAAGACAAGUUACUGAAGUUUUAUAGUGACAGUGACGUUCUACAUUUAUUCCAAUAAGUCAUUUACCAUGUGUUUGAUUUGGUUCGUUUGAAGCUGUAUAUUUUUAUGUUUUAUUGAAUGUUUUUGUUGGAAAUAAAAUUUCUUCUUGUCAUUAUU